UGGAACCGUUCUGAAGAUGACUGGAGAGAAUGUAUCGUCCGUCGAGCACCUCAGCUUCAUAGCCUUUCUUAUUCAGAAAAGGCCAGAGGCCCUCAAUGCCCAUGAUGGAGUUUAAGAAUGAAGGAGUUUGAAGAAUGAAGAAUGAAGAAGUUGAUUGACAAGAGUGCAGCAAGAAUUCAUUAUUUUAUUUGAUUUCAUCGUUUCACUGUGAGAAUAAUUUUCCCAGUUAUUAUUCAUGCACCGAGAAGGUGUCUUACUCUCUAUAAAACACCCACCCCUAUCCAUCUCCCCCCUGUGUCAGCGAUCAUGAACUCACUCAGAAUUCGGGAUGUCGCUCACUUCAGCCACGACUAUGAUCCAUUCAUCCCACCAGCUCCGUGCGCUUUCACAGAAGGAAUAGAUCCUCUUCCCCUGCACAAAGAUUUCACUACCCCAGAAGCCUUCCGUUCAUUCUGGAAAAGAGAGCGCGAAAGAAGCCAUUGGAUUUUCGACUCUGAGAAACACUCCCGUGUGUGGUACAACUAUGAGUCACCUCUGGGCAGCCUGCCUGUUGCCACCAUCAAAGUAACUGGACGUCCGCCUCAAUAUGACUGGUCCAUCAAACAUCUGUGUCGAUUCUCAGGGGUCGCAAAGAAGCAAUCAGAGCAUGGACAACGCGAUUCGGUUCGUCAAAACUGCCCUGUCUUUAUCAGGAUCCAGAAGUUGCGCGGCGAAGAGAGAGUGCGCAUUGAAUACCACUGGCUGCACUCGCAUGAUACGGACCCUGUAUUUCAUUCGGCUUAUCCUCGAGGUCGAAAUGAGCAAAAGUGGAUAGAAUCUAUGGUUAAAGACGGUAGAAACUGGAGAAGCAUAAGAGAAAAGCUGACACUAGCCAGCUCUCAGAUAACAACGGCCAACCCGGAAGACCCUCGCCCCAAGUCCCUCCUUAUUAGGUACGACGAUGUCCGAAGCGCUAUGUACCGACACAGGACUUUGGCAUACAAGAAGAACUAUGAUGUUUCUUUGAGUGUGAAACUUUGGAUGGACACCAUUCGGAAAGAGGGUGGCAAAUCGCUAUUUGAUGAAGAUGUAGCAAAGCUCGAUGGCAAGAACUACAUGAUAGCCUGGUCUUCUUCAUUCCAAAUCAAGAUCAUGCAAGACAACGCAAACAUUGCUUGAUGUUCGCUCGCUCCAAGCGAUACCUAUCUCGUUCAUGAUCUCGAACACGGAAUCACAGUAUCCGAUCAUCGCAUGGCUCUCGUGGCUGAAGAGGGAGUGCAACCUCCGGAUGGAAAGGUUCAUGGUGGACUGUGCUAAGACCGAACAUCAAGCAAUCAGAAGCGCAUUCCCGUGCGCCUCUAUUUACUUGUGCCUCUUUCAUGUCGCGAAAC